CACAUAGAUAAGGGCUGUGCCGCUCCUCUCCCUCUGCUCAUACCCGGCUGUGGGCAGCUGCAGGUGCAGGGUUCCAGUGCCGAAAGAAUAGAGCUCACAUUGUCAAUGGGCAUCAAGUGAAGCCUGUCCUCUGCUCUGCAGGACUCAGCGCCCUGUGUGGGCAGCACCAGCCUCAGCUCCAGCCCCAGCAACUCAUGGAGGCACUCAGCACCAGGACCCCCAGCACAAGCAGCAUGGUGUGGGCAGCCCCUGCCCCACGAUUUCCUGUUGCCCUCAUGCAAGCAGCAUCGGCCGCUCUCCUCCUCAGUGCCGUCCUCGCUGCCAUGGAGCCACAUGCUGACCUUGGGGUGCUGGUGUGCACCAUGGAGCCAGGCACCAUCACUGCUUCGCACCCCAGAAUCCUGGAGCACCUGAAGCUCUGCCCCAUGCUGACGGGUGCCCAGCGGGAUGCUGUCAAUGCUGUGCUCCUCGGGGGCAGUACAGUGUAUGGACAUCCUUCAGGCUGGGAUUUGGAGACUCUGCAACGUUUGGGGCCACUCGCACUGACUUUGAACCAGACCACGCUGAGCUUGGUGGAUAAGGCAGUGCGGGAGGCAUUCGCCAGGAGCAUCGCAGCCACCUACAGCACCCAGGGAUGGGUGCAGAGGGAGCAGACCCUGGCCCUGCUGACAACCAUUGCAGCAGCAUCACAGCCCCGGCUGAAGCGGAAUGCAGACCAUGAGAUGCCAGCCUCAAAUGCACCCUCCACACCUGCAGGCUGCAAGCAGGGGCCCAUCACCUCCCGUGUGCUCUCUGACAGCCUCCUGCUCGUUGAUUAUGACAGCCCCGAGAAGUUCUACCACUGCCUGAGUGACAGCGUUCUGCAAACAGACCUGGAGAAUGUGCUGGAGCUGCCACUGCCCGGGGAGUAUAUCUGGGCACUGAAAAAAAGGCUGCAGGAGGUGUACCCCAUGGGGAUACCAGAUGCCCAGCUCCGGAAGCUGAGGCGGCUGUCCCGCCUCUAUAGUCCGCAGGAGAUCAGCCAGUGGCAGGUGACCACAGCGGACACACUCUGCGCCCUGCUCAACCCCUCAGAUGGCAAAUGGAACAGCACCCAGAAGCAGCAGCUGAUCACAAGGUUCCUGGAGCUGGGGGGCAACCUAACGGGACCCUCGCUUCAGCUAAUUGGUGGGACUUUCCUGUGUAACCUGAAUGAGGAGCAGAUUGAGAAAAUACCUCCAGAAGCAAUUGGGAGUGCUGGAGAACUGAACAUUUCCUCCUGCUCUCAAAGCAAAAAGGACCAAUUCUACAGCAAAGCCAAGCAGGCCUUUGCCAGCCAGGCUGGCACCAAGAUGUAUUACGUCCAGAUGCGGCCAUACCUGGGUGGAGCUCCUGCAGAAGACCUGAAGGACUUGGCUGAAAUUGGCGUUGACAUGGACAUUGACACCUUUCUUGCUCUAAAUCCCAAUGAACUGCAGAAACUCAGUGUUCUGGAUGUCAAAAAUUUGCUGGGGACAAACCUCCAACAACUGAAGGAAGCUGAGAAUGAGACUGCUGUGAUGUGCUGGGUCAAGAAACAAUUCCAACAAGAACUGGACCAAAUCCUGGGAAUCGGCCUGCAAGGGGGGAUAGAGGAGCCCCCCACCACUAUCCCCACAACCACCCCUCCCCCAUUCACUACUGCUACCAUCCCUAUAACCACCAGCAGCCCCAAGGCCCCCACCCCAAAUGCUGCAAGCCCAACCUUCCCACACACCACCCAGCCCAGCUCUGCUGUCACCACCAUCACCUCCACCACAGCCUCUAGCUCCAUCACCCCAUGCUCCACCCACCAGCCCACCACCUCCAAGUCCCCUGCUUCCACCCUCCUCACCACCAUCCUCACUGCUGUCAGCCCCAAUGCCACCUCUCCCAGCCCUGCUCCAUCCCCAGCUGUCACACACAGUGCCACCACCACCAGCACUGAUGUUCCCAAUCCCACAGGCACCAUCCACAGCACUGGGACCCCACUGGUGUCCCCAGCACCAGGAGGUACCACCGGCCCAGCUCCUGCCCCCUGUAACAACACCACCCCAAGCUCCCCCUGUACCCUUGUCCCAAAGCCCACCUCUGUGCCCGCUGCCACCACUACCACCACAGCCACAGAAAUGAGCCCCCCCUCCCACAAGCCCACCAUCCCACUUCCCAACACCACUGCCUCCACCCAAAGUACCAGCUCCUCAACGAUCAAGACUACAACAAUCAUUUGCAAGACUGGCACCCCUCCAACAUCCCUCAGCCCCUCUUCCACCACCUCGAGCACAGAGAUCACCAAGAAAGCACCAGUAGAUGCACCAGAGACACCAAAACCCCCACCUGGUGGAUACAUCAAUCUGAAGCCUGAGCCUGGAUCAGGAUCCAGGGUGUCCUCAUGCUUACUCCACAUAUUGACCAUAGCCUUGGGAAUAUCACUGCUGCAAGGGCUACACUGACACUGCACCUCCAGCACUGCACUGCCUGAAUCCUUCCUCCCACAUUCAUCAUCCUGCAAAACGAUGCUGGCAAAUUCUGGGCUGAAAAGCAGAAACUCAGGGAAGGAGAAGAGUUUGUCCUUUUGAUUCCAGCAAGGAACACUCAUUUUGAAUCUGGAAAAUGAAAUGAGGACAGAUGAUUUGCCAUCCCAAAGCAGCCCAGCAGGUACUUCACUAGCUAUACACAGCUCUAUACAAUUCUCAGUUAAUAUUGGCUGAUCCAGCACUACUUCAAUGCUGACAGUGGGCACAGUUCUGCCAGCUUUAUUUACACUGAGUGUUAUUUUGCUUCUAAGCAGUCCUACAGUUAAAAAGCAGUGGGAAAACUCGGGGACUCAAAGUGCUGGCCACUGCAAGAGAGGUGGAACACGGCCCAGAAAUGCAGCCUGAAAACUCAGCCAGAAAUCCACUAAACUGCAUUUAAUUUGCUUCACAAACUUAACAGAAUUGUCAUCAACAUUUGUUCAAACUACGCUAAGCCUAGUUAGGAAGACAAAUGUAAGGUAGUUUAUCUUGAUUACUGUUGCAGUUAUAUAUAAUAAAAUAAUCAACUAUUUUUUUUUUGCUAA